CACAGCAGACGACGCGCCGCAUACGUGAAAAAGCGAAGUUGCAAAACGAAGCGAAAAGAGCGCAAACUCUAGAAAAGAGCGGCAGGGCCAAACAUUAAGUGAAAAACUGGUCAUAAAAACGCCGUCAAAAUUAAUAAAAACGCGCAAAACGCAAGCCGCAAGUCGCUGACUAAAAUGGCUAUACAGCUGGACAAAAUUCUGGCCGACAUUGCCAAGGAAAAGGCGCUGCAUCCGAAUAAUACAAGUGCCACCAAACAGGAGCAGGACGAUGCUUGGGCGCGAAUUGGGCGCCUCAACAAGCUCACUGUGCACGAGUCGCGCUCUAUUUUCAUAGUUCUGCAAAAGAAAUACGAACAGGAGAAACUAAAAGGGAAUUCAGGAUGGAAAUUGUAUGGACUAAUGCAGAAAAUCCAUCAGGAGCCGAAGAUCAAGACGGAAGAUGAACAAUUGCCCAUGGAGGAAGUGGAGGAAUAUGAAAUGUUGGAGGUGCAGGAGCAGGAGGAAGAUGAUGAAGGCUCCGCCAACGCGAAUCCACGACAAUUUGGUCAAGCCACCAAUUCCACAGGUUCGGCCAGCUUAGAUGGCGAUAGUCCGACGAAAUCGAGUAGCACUGGCGGCGGCACUCCAGAAAAGGACGUUAAGCCGUAUGCAAAACCAAACGUAGAUACACCGCGUCCAGCAUUUGAAGAGAAGAAGCUGCUCAAUACAAUGGCCAACAAUCCGCAGCGUUCCAACUCACAAUCGAAUGCGGUUUCCGUGGCAGCCGCUGCACUUCAAAAGAAGGGAAUAACUUUGAAAAAGACGCCUAGCAGCGCCGCCGCAGCUGGACACAAGUCGGCGUCCGGAGCAGCUACACAGCAGUCACAGUUGAGCAGCAAUAAAACAACGUCCUCGGUACGCACCACAAUUCAACUGCCCGAUUCAAUGAAACGCAAGCUCUCGGACGAAUGCUCCAAUACGCCGGUGCAAAAGAAGCUACAAAGGAAUCAGACUAGCCCCAAGAGCACCCAUACAUCAGGAGGAGGAGGAACAGCGGUAGCAGCAGCUACAGCUACAGCCUCUGCCGAGCCCACAACUCCAACGAGUGCGACAUCGAAUGUGGUUCACACGACUACAGCUCAACUGCUGCAGGUAAAGAAGGAUCGCGAGAGCAAUCAGUCACCACCUCCAGGCAUUAACAUUAUAACCAUACCUGCCUCACAGCAGAUCAAUGGGAAUCUUGUUAGUGGCGGCGCAGCCAACUCCUCGACAGGGGCUACCAUGGCCUCCACAUCUGUGGCCAGCACCAAUGGCUAUUCGCCGCAUAUGGAGGAGCUCAAUGAAAUCAUCUUUGAUUCUGGCAAAGUGAAUGCCAGCUCCCACAAUACUGCUGAGAUUAUUAACUUAGGCAAUUUCGACAAUUCACUGCCGCCGACAUUCUUCAAGAAUCUGUGCAACUCGACGCGCCACGAAGCCCUUGGCCUCUACGUGGCAAAUGUGAUGAAUCGAAUCUCACAGCGUGGCGCCGCCAAACUGGAGCUGGGCAUACUCCGAGCCAUCGUGGACGUACAAAGUGACGAGCUGGAGCAGUAACUGGCCACAGACGAGAUUCGCAGAAGGAGCAAUCCCCUCCCCCCUUAGAAGUAGUUAAGUAGAGAAGUGUUCGCGCAACAGAUAACUCGAUUUACGAUUUUAUUUAGUGGCGUUUACACGAGUUCUAGUUUACACUUGUCUGAGCCACUAGAUUUAUAAAUUAUUUUUCAUUUGGGUUGAGGAAUGACCUAUACAGCAGCUAAGAACAGGAAUAUAUUUCAUGAUUUCUGUGAUAUCCAACAAGCAGAUCAUAUUUAAUUUGUUUAGAUAUUAUUGGCGGCUAUUUGAAUUUUAAUCUUUAAAUUACCCAAAUCGAGGAGAAACAUUUUAUAACUUUUAUGACGUCGAAUACGUUGAUAUUUAAUUUAUUUAUACAUUAUUUUAAAAUUAUUGACUUUCAUUUUAUUCUAUUAUAUUUUUGAAAUUAUAUAAUAGGCCAGUGCUCAUUGACUCGUGUAAACAUAACAACUUGAUAUAGAAUAUAUAUCUGUAUACUCUAUGGCUAACGCAACAAAUAUCAGUUAUUGGAUACACAAUGGUGCAUCUUAUUAAUGGUAAUAAUAUUUAACUUUGAACUCGUGUAAAUUCUGCCAAGUUUAUGCAAAGUAUUUAAAAAUGUUUGAUAAGUAUAAAUAUAUAACACUAUAUACCACAUAUAGUUUAUACUAUAUUUUUACUAUAUUUAUAUAUAUUCAUUUUAGUGAUUUUAUAAACUUUAUUUCGCUUUGCAUAGACCGAGAUAAUGUCUGCCAUCUAUUAUUCCCCCAUCCUCCAUCCCCACACUCAGUCAAAAUUCAUUCAAAAAAUUUAGUUGAUAAGUUCGAGAUCCAUUUCAUAAAUUAAAUUAUAUGAUAAAUAAAGACGCAUUAUAUAGCCGA